CUCCAAGCAAGUCUGCGCAUCACCCCCCCCGGCUGGUCCUCCAAAACCCAUUAAUAAACCCCCGAGCCUGGUCCUCUGGUCUUUCCAACUUUGACGUCGUCCCGCUCCGCCCGGUCUGCUCUCACCCAGGUCGCCCUCUCUACAAAUCUUCUGCUUGCCCACCUCGCCAUUGCCUAGCAUCUCUUCUUCACUCCUUCCAAGAAACAGCAAAAUUUACCACAUUUGAAGAUGGCGUCUGCCGAAUUGCACUCUGCCGCAUCGGCCUUGGAGCUCAAGGACAACACGGUGAUCGUGGUGCUCGGAGCCUCGGGAGAUCUGGCAAAGAAGAAGACAUAUCCCGCCCUGUUCGGCCUCUUCCGCAACCAGUUCCUGCCCAAGGACAUCAAGAUCGUCGGCUAUGCCAGAACCAAGAUGGACCAUGAGGAAUACCUGCGGAGGAUCAAGUCGUACAUCAAGACCCCUACCAAGGACAUGGAGAAACUACUUGAAGACUUCUGCAAGCUCUGUACCUAUGUCUCCGGCCAGUACGACAAGGACGAGUCCUUCCUAGGCCUGAACAAGCACCUGGAAGAGAUCGAGAAGGGGCGCAAGGAGGCACACCGUCUUUUCUACAUGGCCCUGCCACCAAGCGUCUUCACCAUCGUCUCUCAGCACCUGAAGAGGUGCUGCUACCCAACCAAGGGCAUCGCCCGCGUGAUUGUCGAGAAGCCGUUCGGCAAGGACCUCGCAAGCUCCCGGGAGCUGCAGAAGUCCCUGGAGCCCGACUGGAAGGAGGACGAGCUGUUCCGCAUCGACCACUACCUCGGCAAGGAGAUGGUCAAGAACAUCCUGAUCCUGCGGUUUGGUAACUCGUUCCUCGGAGCUACCUGGAACCGCCACCACAUCGACAACGUCCAGAUCACAUUCAAGGAGCCCUUUGGUACCGAAGGUCGAGGCGGCUACUUUGACGAGUUCGGCAUUAUCCGGGACGUGAUGCAGAACCAUCUCCUGCAGGUCCUGACUCUUCUUGCUAUGGAGCGCCCCAUCUCCUUCUCCUCAGAGGAUAUCCGAGACGAGAAGGUGCGGGUCCUCCGCGCUAUUCCUGCUAUCGAGCCCAAGAACGUCAUCAUUGGGCAGUACGGAAAGUCCCUUGACGGCAGUAAGCCCUCGUACAAGGAGGAUGAUACCGUCCCCAAGGACUCCCGAUGCCCCACCUUCUGUGCGCUGGUCGCCUAUAUCAAGAACGAGCGUUGGGACGGCGUGCCCUUCAUCAUGAAGGCUGGAAAGGCACUGAACGAGCAGAAGACAGAGAUCCGGGUGCAGUUUAAGGACGUCACCUCGGGGAUUUUUAAGGACAUUCCCCGAAACGAGCUUGUCAUGCGCAUUCAACCCAACGAGAGUGUCUACAUCAAGAUGAACUCGAAGCUGCCUGGUCUCAGCAUGCAGACCGUGGUGACAGAGCUGGAUCUCACCUACCGCCGACGAUUCUCCGACCUGAAGAUCCCCGAGGCAUACGAGUCGCUGAUUCUCGACUGCCUAAAGGGCGACCACUCCAACUUCGUCCGUGAUGACGAGCUGGAUGCUAGCUGGAGGAUCUUCACACCCCUUCUGCACUACCUCGAUGACAACAAGGAGAUUAUUCCGAUGGAGUACCCCUACGGCUCUCGUGGACCUGGUGUCCUCGAUGACUUCACGGCUUCGUAUGGCUAUAGGUUCAGUGAUGCUGCCGGUUACCAAUGGCCUACGACAUCGGCCACGCAGCCCACAAACAAGUUCUAAAGAGUAAUAUCAUGAGAUGUUCCGGCGAGCCAGGACUGAACAGUGACAGAGUACACGGGCGUUCGUAGAUGAACAAUACAGGGUGUCAAAAUCGGUACAUGUACCUGGGAUCUCAGUGGUAGAGGUGAUAGUUACAAUUGACUUGUCUCCAUCCAGUCUGCCCAAAGUAGUACCCAAGUCCAAAGAGAAUAUCACGAAAUAGGAAUUUCAGGAUUUAUUAGACAA